AUGUGGAGCCGAAGAUAAGAAGCAUUUUAGCGCUCAUUCAAAUCCUCACGAUUAUGUAAAAAAAGUUGAUUAGUUGAGAUCGAAAAAUAUGUUUUUGUAACCAAAGAGGAGUUGUUUUGUAUUAUCAAAUGUGAAAGUCGGCAUUCAGAUGGAAAACUGCGAACGAAGUGAAAAGAUCCCUAGGUUUAAUUGAAACAACUCACGCCUAAGAAUGACGUCAGGGACUGUAAAGACGAGCAACUUCAGCUUUGAUGACGAUUUCUUUUGCAGUUGUUGCGGGUGACGAAAGUGUCUGCAGUGUUGGCUCAAGGUGUCCACAGUUUAGUUACAGCUGCGGCGAUUCCUCCGAUGUCGACCAGCAGCAAUGUCCCUCCGCCCAAACGCAGACGCAUCCUGGAUCCGUCUACCGUGGUCCCGGUGCAGAUCUACUCCAACAAGGUUGGCAGGCGACUGCAGCUGAAGCUGCCGGCACCUGUCUUCAGCCACAUUGCGCCGAUAGAUGCAGACCAGGGUCCCUUGUUGCAUCCAUCAACCAAAGACGUUGCUGUGGUGAUCGAUUCGGAUGAGGAGGAUCUGCAGCUGAGAAGCCUCCAGACAAAGAGCCACGAGCCAGCGGCGGUGCACUGCCCGUCCCCGCCUUCUGAGAGUCCAGUCCAGAAACAAUCCACCAAGGUUAAGAAGAAGCUCAUUGAGAUCAACAGGAAGUUGGAGGCUUUCACGUCUUCUCCGCCUCCUGAGGUCAGGACCAGGACUCGUAGACAACAAAGACAACCGCGGUCCCCAACAGAGGAGGAGGAUGAUGACAUCAUCGUGGUGGGCUCCGGGACGCCUCCGAGCACGGAUGUACCCUUGCCACGUGAGAUCCCGCUGAAGAUCCGCAGCCGCACCAACGUGCAUAAAGUCCCGGUGCUGCCAACCACACCCCUCCGUGAUGUCAUCCAGCAACUGUCCAUCCUUCUGCAAGUUCCUGCUGUUCGUCUGCUGCUGCUCAGGAAGGAGGUGGAGCUUCCAGCCGACGCCACUGUGGCAGAUCUGGGGCUCAGCAUUGCUGACAUCAUUGAUUGUGUCAUCAUGGCAACAGAGAAAGGGAAAAGCAGCAGCUGCAGCAGCAUCAACAGCAGCGAUAGCAUCACCAUCCGCCUGCAGGGGAAUGACCGCAACUCCUUACAGGACUUCACCGUGCAUAGAGAUGCUCCUCUGGACUCUGUCUUCUCCCAGUAUGUGUCGUCUCUACCUGCUAAACUUCGCAAGAAGGUGCGUUUCCACUUGGAUGGUUCCAGAGUGAAAGGCAGCGCUACAGCAGCGGCGCUGGACCUGGAGGACGGCGACAUCAUCGAGGUGUGGACAUGAGACAGUUCUAUGAGACGGUUCUAAGUUCUAUGAAGAUCGGUUCUAAGUUUGAUGAAGAUGUUGUACAUCUGUACAUGUUUUUCAGAAACAAAAUGCAUAAUGUUCAUAAAGUUUUCAAGUCAAACAUGGCUUCUGUGCCAUUUCAGCUGUGUCUCUUUGGCUUUCACUUGUCCACAGCCACUCUAUGAGACGGUUCUAAGUUCUAUGAAGAUGUUGUACAGCUGUACAUGUUUUUCAGAAAUAAAAUGCAUAAUGUUCAUAAAAAAGUUUUCAAGUCAAACAUGGCUUCUGUGCCAUUUCAGCUGUGUCACUUUGGUUUUCUCUUGUCCA